AGAAAAAGCAAGCAGGCAAUGUUACUUGCUCUAGUCACUCGCUCCUGUGCUCUGGAGCUGGCAGAACCUAACGGAAUCCAAGGAUUAUCUGACUGAUACUUCAACAAUUGGGACUUGUAAAAUAGACCCAGUGACAACUCCCCCCCUCCUUGGGAUUUUUCCCUCUCCCCUCUGACUGUGGCGAUAGACAAACAUGUGAGGUUGGGAAUAAAUCAUGUACUCAGAAGGACCAACACCCAGCCAGGAGGAUGACUCCUCAACAGAAGGCUAAUCUGCCCAAGGGACAGAGCGAAGAAGACCCAAGAGUGUGGAUGCAGGAGUGGGGGAAGAAGAUGAAGCCCAUAGUCCAAAGGAGACGCUCCACCUCUUCUGCCAUUAGCAAAGCUCUCAGCAAGUCCAAAUCCUAUUCCAGGGAAAUUACUCUUUCCUCAUCGCAUCCAGACAAUGGACUACCAACCGGGGCUUUCAGUAGCCCAAAUUCUGUUUUCAUCUUGGAUGAGAGGGUACAACUUACCAUGGGACUGCAGACCCAGGAGAGACAUUUGUUCCUCUUCAGUGACAUGCUGGUCAUUGCCAAGUCCAAGUCCUCCUCCAGCUUGAAGCUGAAGAAGCAGGUGCGCCUGAGUGAAGUAUGGAUUGGUUCUUGUCUCAACGAAGUGUCCGAGAAAAAGAUGAGCCCUGAGAAUUCAUUUGUCAUUGGCUGGCCUACCACCAACUCAGUUGUCUCCUUCAGCUCACCCGAAGAGAAGGCACGCUGGCUCUCAAUAUUGCUGUGGCAAAUCAAUGAAAUGAAACAGAAUGAAUAUCCAAAGAACCUAACAGUCCAAAUCUUCCUUCUGGAUGCUGACAACUGUACUUCUACCACUACAAUAAACGUGUCCAACACAGAAACGGCAGACAAUGUGAUCAAGAGGACAGCUAAUCAGCUUGGACUUCCUGGUAGACCAAGUGACUACCACCUCUGGGUGAUAUCAGGAAAGGAUGACCCUGCUUAUCCCCUUAUUGGUCAUGAGCAUCCUUUCAGCAUCAUACUGAGCUGCCUUCGAGACUCUGUUGACCAACACCAAGGAACCAACAACAACACACUCCUAGCUGAUGGGACAGAGGUUGCCAUCUUGGAUCAGCUUCCCAAGGACAGGCAGUGUCAGUUCAUCCUGAAACCCAGGCCCCAAGCUCCAAGGCAGCUGAGGACAGAAUCCUUGCAGAAACACACCAAGAGGAAGAAAUCUUUGAUUGACUGGGCUUUGCGCCGGACCACUACAGGCAGCCCAGCAUCACAUUCUCCCCCCACUCCACGGAAACUCUUCGGCCUGUCUUUGUCCUCUGUGUGUCCCGAUGGAAUCCUCCCCAAGCCUAUUAUGGACAUGCUGCUUCUGCUGUACCAUGAAGGUCCUUCCACAAGGGGCAUUUUCAGGCGCUCUGCCAAUGCCAAGAUCUGCAAGGAACUGAAAGAGAAAUUGAACUCUGGAGAUGAUGUCCAGAUGGAUGGCGAGUCAGUCUUUGUGGCUGCAGCAGUCAUCACUGAUUUUCUGCGAAAUAUACCUGAUAGUGUUCUAUCCUCAGACAUGCACGGGCUGUGGAUGGAAGCCGUGGACACAGUAAAUCGAGGGCAUAAGAUUGAAGCCAUCAAAAGUUUGGUGAAGCAGCUCCCAGAAGCCAACCUCAUUUUACUCAGACACCUGUUCGGAGUCCUGCAUCAGAUUGAGAAGAAUUCAGGGGAGAAUCAGAUGAAUGCAUUUAACCUGGCUCUUUGCAUAGCUCCCAACAUGCUAUGGCUUCCUAGCCCCACUGGGCCUGAAGAGGAAAGCAGGUCUACAAAAAAGGUGGCCAUGUUAGUGCAGUUCCUGAUUGAAAACUCGGCAGAAAUUUUUGGAAGUGACAUCACUUCGCUGUUUCAAAGACCAGACAAAGGAAAGUCAAAAAGCUCUGAGGAUUUCCUGGGUAUUGGCAUGGCUCAGCACACUGAUUCCUCUGAUGAGAUGGAGUUUGCUGCCUGUGACCAGGAAAGACCAAAGUAUCAUCGCGUGCCUGAAGCCGUCUCCAUGUUUGACCCAUCCACUGGUUUGUUACUUGAAGAGGAGCAGGAAGACUGGGAUCUGUUUAGUGAGAUCACUGCCUGCUACCAAAGCAAAACCAGAAAGAAUGCCAGCGCAGACAGCUAUGACCUCCUCGAGGAAGAAGGCUCCUUCUGCUCCAUUGACUCGAUACGUUCACUGAGUCCUGCGAGGGAUCGGUGCUCUUCUGAGCCCAGUGUCUGUCUCAGCUCUCAGCUCCCCACCCAGUGCCAUGAGCCAGUGGCCCGCCAGUCCAGCUGUGAUGCCACCAUCAUGCAUAGUCACAAUGAUUACAUCCAGAGGCUCAAGCAGCUGCAGCUGGAGAGCCAGAAGCUGAUUGAUGAAGGCCUGAGCCCUGGGCUGAAUAAGACCAGGCAGAAUUUCUGGCAAUCACCUCAGACCAGCUCUAGGGUGAAGAAGCUCAGCCUUCAGAAAACUAGCCUGUCCAACAGGUCCAGCUUCUCCAGCCUUUCCUCAACAACCACUUCCCCUUCAGCGUCCUCACUAAGCUCCUUAGACAGUGCUUUCUCCUACUGCUCUGAGUCCUCAGCCUUCAGCCCCACAGAUGUCUCCUCCCUGCCUUUCAUGUUUGGCACUUCCACCCGACUCCAUGCCUUGUCGCCAAAGACAGCACAGAGGUCCCUGAAAGAAUGGAAAAAGCCCUUGAUAUCUCCUUUGCCCUUGAACCCUUGUGACUUGGACUCAUGGAGCAAGUCUGAGCACAGGGACAUGGGGAGCAGUCAUACCAUUGGGGAAGUGAAGGGCUUUGUGCCCAUCAAUGGGGCAGCCAUGGGAAGCCUGUUAAAUGAGAGUGACUGGGAGGAAGAGGAAAGACAAGUGAGAUGUGCCAGGGGUUCUGGACAAGCUCUCAGAAACCAAUGUUAUUUCAAGGAGUCUGAAUGUAAAACAGACCCCCCAACUCAUAUCCCAACCAAUGAGAGCUCAUCAGCGACUGACAAGCAAGGGCCCAGGGAGAAAUCAGUUAAACACAUUGAGAUAAAAGGCCCGGAGGUUUCCCCUCCCAGGCAGGAAAGCCUGAAGCGCACCAAGAUAACCUUUUACAUGGCCCCAAAUAAAGGAAGCCCACAGGGGUCUCCAAUGGAACAGGAGGAUGAGGGUUUCUCAGUGAGCGUCCAUAGCACCAAAUCAAACAGCAGCAGUGACCAAAACACGUCCAAGAGUCAACAAACAGUAAGAGUCCAUAUACCCCAGACAGUGUUUUAUGGGCAGAACACCCCUUUGGUGCUGCAGUCUGUCUCCCGGAGAUACCAUCACGAAGCAACGAGCCAGCGGCUGCAGGUGGAGUGCAAAGAGACUCCCCAAAGCAUUCCCCCUGCAGAGGGGCUGAUGGAUGAUGCUCAGCAAGUGGCAUCUGCCAAAAGCCACAGGAAGAGCAUCAAUGCCUUCAGCCACACCAUCCGCAUCAUCCUCCCAGCCUCCAUCCGCAACACCAUCAGGGAAUACUUCAAGCACGAUGAGGCUAAGAACUGCCAUGCAGCGGAUGCAGAAGCUGUGGAGAGCGAACUCAUCCGGGGCAGAGUGGAGUGGCUUAAAAGCCAACCACACACGGAUGCAUCUCCAGAGGAGUGCAAGACAGGGGCAUUUGCAGAAGAGACAUUUGUCUAGGAGAGGAGAGAGUGGGAACUGUGAUUGUUUUUUGUACAGCAUGUUGGGAAAAUGUUCUGUAAAAUACAAUCAAGGUGUGAAGAAUCUAACAGACUGUGUGGAUCAAUAAGUGUGAAGUGAUGCUAAUGUGUAAUUAAUGUUUGGGUUUGGGGUUUUUUUUAUUCUUUGCUACCUUUUUUUUACAAAAGGUACUUAUCUGACCAGUGCCCAGUGGGCUGAAUCCUCCCCUAGAGUUUUAAAUUAACUGAAUUAUACAGAGACCUUCAUCUGAAUUUCAAGCUCUCCUGAUAGUUUUGCCUCAAGUCAUAAGUGUGUGGGGGUGAGUGGAGGGCUUGAACAGCAAACUUAUCUUACAUUUCAUAAAAAAAAAAAAUCAUGAUGGAUCCUUGACAGUGGAGCAAAGCUUUGAGUCACCUUGCAUAUUUUUUAAGUUUGUACAAAACUCCACAAUGUUGUUAAUUUUUUGUUACCAAUGUUUAUUGAAAUCCAAAGUAUGAUGCUAUACCCCAACUCAAAAUCCACAGCUAGUUCUUCUUUCUCUAACUUCCUUGUCCCCCGCAUAGUUUGGCUUAAAAUUGAAGAGUUUUCUUUGUUGAUUGAGGCUGGGGUUUCCAAGGCACCUAACGGAAUCAGUUGCCCAAUUUCCAUUGAGUUAAAGGAUUAGGCACCUUGAAAAUUGCAAUGUUAAUCUGUUAUUGUGCAUCCACUUCCUCUUCUUCUGGCUUCGCCCAGCAAGUAUUUGGUUCAGAUCCUGAGCUUGUGUAAACGGAUGUGGCUCCAUUGUCUUCGAUGGAACUACAGUAGACCCUCAGAGUUACGAACAUCUGGGGAAUGGAGGUUGUUCAUAAGUCUGAAAUGUUUGUAACUCUGAACAAAAC